AUUGUUGACAGAUAGGAGGGAGGGGAGUGCUUUCAUCUCCACAGCCUACUUCAGUGGAUUUGUAUGAGUGGAAUUGCAGACAACUGUAACAUUCUCUGUCCCUCUAUAUUCAUUAAUACAACUGCACACCUGGCCUAAAGCUGCAAAGAGUCAAAACUGUAACUUAUUUGUUCUUCUCCUCAGGGCAACAUCUGUUCGUGAUGUCGAGACCAAAAGAAACCUGGAACUAAGACGAGGAAACCACAACGCUUAUACCAUGGUGGAUGCAAGGUUAACCCCCCUGGCUGCCAUGGGACUGGACAGAGGUGCCCUGAUGCAUGAUGGUCUCCGCCUCCACAGCGGAGUGGUGUAUCCAGGGAUCAGAGCGCUGCCUUCUGACAAGAGUCGAGAGUCUGCUGGCCUCCCCCUUGGUUACAGCAGAGAUGGUCUCCCGGAGCUCAUUUAUAAACCUGAUGCCACACUGGACAGUCGUAAACCUGCUAAUGGAUAUCUUGGCCUCUACAAGGGGACCCCCCCAAGCCUCCACAAGCCUGUGAUGGUUCCUGGAGCUGACGGGCUGGGGUUGGAAUGCCGAGUGGGGCCUGGAGAAAAGUCAUCUGAGCUGGGCUUGGCAGGUGCAGGAGGCAGCUACCUACGCCUGCCUUGGCUCAGUCCUUACCCUGAAGCCAGCAUGUAUCCGUUCAUGGAAUCCUCAAAGUUUGCAGCUCUAAACAUGUACAAAGCUUCUCUACUGAGCCAACCUAACCCCUAUCUUCCCCAACACCUGGCCUAUCCCUCUCUCUGUGCUGCUCAGGGGGGCAAUGUAACUCCAGCUGCAGCCCCUUCACCAACUGACAGGCUCUACUACAUGCCACCAUAUCCCCCCUCUCCUAUCUCUUCCCCCCUCGGGGCCCCGCCAAUGAGGAUUCCUGCAGUCAGCGUGGCUCCCACAUCAAUGGCACACUGCCAGGAAAAGGGGCUUGGUGUUGCACCAUCAUAUCCACCACAACUUCACCAACUAUCUCCUCAUCCACCACACCAUCAGGCUGCUCCAGACAGAGACAGGUCUCCAAACAGAAGCAGUAGACCAAGUAGACCUCCGUCUAGGAAGACCUGUAGCAGUUCUAACAAUGGCAGCGCGGCUUGUGUAAAUGAAAAUGGUGUAGUCACAUCAGAUUGCUCUCCCCUUACACCAUCACGUCUUUCCCAACCUCCACCUGGUUUAACUGACAGUUCACUGGAUUUACAAAGGCCUGUUGCUAGAAUCGGACAACUGCCCGUCUCAACCAAUGACUCUGUCUCUACUGCACAGUCCACUUCCCAUCCUUUUUCUGUAACCAGCAUCGCAUCAGACCAGUGCUCUCCUUCUCGACCUAGUACUCAUAAACCAAGGCCAAGAGAUGCUGUGCCUGAACUCAAAAGUGGAGCAACUGAAAGAAGAUCCAGUAGGUCACCCUCCAAACCCACUGUGGAAAGGCCAGCUCACCCUAGUCAUUCAGCUGUGUUAACCAAAGACCCGGUAGAGAAGCCUUUGGACUUGUCUGGACGAAUGCUGGAGUUUGGACUCCCUCCAAAUGGCUUCUCAGUUAAGAUGGAGACAUUAGCAUCAGGUGGACGUUAUGGUCCGCCUCAUGGCAGAGAGCUUCAAAAAGACAAUAUGCCCACUUCCCCUUCGUCACAUGCUCAUUCUGUGGUCAGCAGCACUUCAUCAAAGGUUACAGAAAGACCUGAAAUGAUUAGCACUUUACAUUCAUCUUGGGUGGUACCUACGUCCUCUCAGCACGCUUCAGUAGUGCCCACAUCCCCAAGGCCUUUUACAGACCUGGGACCGUCACACGGUAAAAGCUCCUCACCUGCCAUCAGAAACAGAGGCAUAGACAGACCGGCACCACAGGAGCGAAGCUCUUCCUGUCCAAAGAAGGGGGAGCCCAAUCGCGCGGUUUCUUCCUCUCAAAAUACAAACUCUUCUCAUGUUAGUUCUAGACCUCUUUCCCCAAAACCAAGUAGUGACUGGAUCAAACAGAGUCCCAGCCAAUAUGAACUCAUUGGACACCACAGAGAGGGGGCUGACAAAACCUCACAAGCUACAAAGAGGAGUGAGCCAUCUCCAGAAGUGUUGCCAUACAAGAGGCCCUGUUUAGAAAAUGGCCAUCCCUCUGGACACUUGUACCUUCCUCAAAACGAGGCUUAUCUGAACCAUAGCAUGACAUAUGCCAAUAGAUACCUCCACUACCCUAUUCCAGAUAGUAUGGCCCUGCAUCCCCUUUCUCUCACCGGUAAAGGCCCAGUCUACCCACACCCUGUUUUGCUUGGUGGCAAUAGUCUCUAUCCAACACAUUUGGCACCCAAGCAUGCUUUACCCUAUCAUAAUAUCCCAGGGGGACCAGGUGGCGAAUAUCUUGCAUAUAACUCACAGGAGAUGGCUCAUCCCCUAAUGCACCCUCAUUCAGACGGCAAACACUCGGAACGGGGAGAUCCAAAGAGCAGAGGGCAAGAAAAACCUCGGACAGCUGUGGAUGAGUUUAAUCAGCAGCGUAGAAAUGAGAAGGAUCCAACUGAAAUAAGUGAGAUAAGGUCUGCCCGCGAAAUGGGAGCAGAAGAACAAGAGCGUAGUCAAAGUAAAAGUAUGUCUACAACGUCCAGAGAAAACAUAGUCUGCAUAGACCUUGUACACUCAGAUACUGAUAUUGAUAAUGAGCCAACUCCAGCAGUUCACCAGAAAGUCUCCACUGAGCCUACCAUUAAAAAUGACCAAAAUGAGUGUUGUGAGAGUAACCCUGAACCUACUAAGACUGUCCAUGAACCCAAACUUUCUAAAUCAUUUUCAGGCUCACAGGUCGCAUCUCCUAAAUCUAACUACACCGAAAAGCAGUCUGAAAAGUCAUUUGAGGAAACAAAUGUUCCCCAGGACACAUGUUCCAAGUCACCGAGUGCUCCAGAGUUGGAUGUCCAGGCAGAAGACAGUUUGGAAGAAAACUGCCCCAGCCCAGAGCCUGAUGACCCAAGUACACUGCAUUGUGCACGAACAUCAGGCCAGUGGAGCUCCAGGAAGGACAAAGGGCUUCCGAACAGAAGUCCUGUUUCUUCACCAAGAACAGACAUAAAGAAGGAUGCAACCUCAGAAAACUUUGUUCCUGAGAAGAUGUUUGAGAAAGAGGACAGUAUUGUUGAUCUUGGGGAGUCUCAAGGAGAAGCAGAGGAAGAGGAAGAUGAGAGUAAUCACAACUCUUCUAAACACUGUCGAGGAUCCAGCUUGGCAAAGAGAAUUGCCAAUUCUUCUGGCUAUGUCGGAGAUCGCUUUAAAUGUGUGACCACUGAACUGUAUGCAGACUCCAGCAAAUUGAGCCGUGAACAAAGAGCAUUGCAGAUGGAAGUCAUAUCACAAGAGGGGAGUAAUGUAAGUCAACCUGCAGCUAACUGGGAGCGGGCCAUGAUGCGCUUUUCAGAGCUGGAGCUGAAGGAAAAGGAGAGCGGCAGUGUGUGUGUGUCUGCCUCGGCAGUGGCAGCAGGACGCGAGCUGGCAGACAGCCAGCGCAGAGAGCGAGCGCUGGAGCCCAGCCAAGCCAGCACCAGGCAGGGAGAGCGAGACGGUUGCCGUCCUGCGUUUGGAAGCAGAGUACCAGUUUUCCAAAAACACUGUGGACAGAGGGAGCCUUUAUCCCCAGGACAAGCAAAUCAUGAUCCAGCUCGAAGCGCCAACGUCUUUGGUUUAAAAGAUGUGAACAAGAAAGUGACUAAGGAUUCUGAGGGCCACUGUAUCCCGCCUACUUUGACAUUGGCCAAAGCUCACACUGAGGAGAGGUUUGGGACAGCCAGAAAACGCCCCAAGACCGAUUCAGAGGACAGGGAUAGAGAUGAAGCAGAAAGAAGGUGUCAUGGUGAGAAGAAACCAAAGAUUUCUCCUGAGGGCCACACUACACCAGAUGAAGAUGACGACGAUGAAGUUCACAAGCUUAAAGUGUGCAUUGAGCUUAAAGGGCUCCGACUCAGUAAACCCACCACCGGCACGCCUUCACCGGACAGGCCUCAAAUAAAGCAGGAGCGAGUGUGGCACCAAAACAGACUGUUGUCCUCGGCACAGAGCACGCACAAGUUCAGAUCCAGCGACACAGAGGAGCGCCUUGCAGCACAACGGGCCGAGAUCAACAGGAAAUGGGGUUGUGAGAAAUUCAAUGGAGCUGCUCCCUCACUUUCCCCUGGCCAGCUAAAGGAUCGAGUGCAACUGCCAAACCCCUUCUCAGGUGACCGUGGCCAUAAGGAACACAGGAGGGGCCCGACUUCUCCUAACCAGGAACUGUCGGUGGGAGGACCCAAUCUAUUCAAGGCUCGUCGCCAUAGUGACGCAGACAAACCCAAGGGAAAGCGGCCAUGCAAGACCAAGCACACUAGUCAGAAGGAACGGGAGCGGGACCGCAGGAAAGAGCCUACACCAGCGAGUCCAGCACAGCGCUGCACGACAGACCUGGGAGCUCCAGAAGACGAUAAGUCGAAUGAACAGUGUAGUGUCCCGAGGAAGAGAGCUGCGUCUCCAAACUAUUACCCCUGCUCUCCAGUAAAGCCUUGCUCUCCCACUUUGCACUGUCCUCCAUCCUUGCAACCUCAGGCAAAUGGCAGGUUGGGUGGAAUCCCACCAACAGAAGGGGCCGUGACGCACAGGCCCCCCCCUGCUGAGCCUCCCGCGCUGCGCCCAAUCCCGCCUGAGGCUCGCCGGCUGAUUGUCAACAAGAAUGCUGGAGAGACACUGCUUCAGAGAGCUGCACGGCUAGGCUACGAGGAAGUUGUGCUUUAUUGUCUGGAAAACAAAGUAUGUGAAGUCAACCAUAAGGACUACGCUGGCUACUGUGCGCUCCAUGAGGCCUGCGCUCGAGGCUGGCUCAACAUUGUCCAACAUCUGCUGGAUUACGGAGCAGACAUCAACUGCAGCGCUCAAGAUGGCACCAGGCCAAUCCAUGAUGCCGUGGAGAAUGACCACCUGGAUGUAGUGCGGGUGCUGCUGUCCUACGGAGCUGAUCCUACCCUGGCGACAUACUCUGGUCGAGGAUUGCUCAAAAUGACCCACAGUGACGGCAUGGAGCGCUUCCUCACUGAUUACUUUGCCGACCUUCAAGGCCGCUCUUAUGAUGACCCUGGCCUUUAUUGGGAAUUCUAUGGCAGUGCUGUCUGUGAAUCCACAGAUGAGUGUGGAGUCUAUGACAUCUUAGCUGAUCCCCCUGGCCCAGAUGAUGGUGAUGAAGAUGACAAAAGAGAACUUUUUGAGUUUGAAUUCUCUGAUAGACCUCUGUUGCCUUGCUACAACAUCCAAGUGUCUCUCUCCCAGGGCCCAAGGAACUGGCUGCUUCUCUCGGAUGUACUUCGUCGUCUGAGGAUGUCAGCUCGUGGUUUUCGUCAGGCCUUCCCUCACAUGGAGGUGGUGACAGUGGCAGAGGCAGAGUUUUAUCGCCAGGCGUCUCUGUCACAGCUCUUUUCUUGCCCGGAGGAGUUGGAGGGUUUCCAUUCAGACAGCAAGGAGCUGUUGGACCUGGUUGAAGACAGUGCUGAACUGGCUGCCCUACUGGGCUCUUCACUGGAAUGUUUGGAUGACCGCUGGGAUCAUCCAGGGGACAAGUUGAAGGAUAAAAUCAAGGCAGUUGGGAAGUUGGUCUCCUCCUGACCUCCGGAGCACCUAAACACUGACCUCAAUCCCUACGGACUGCAGAUUGCUCUGGAGCCAACAAGGGUUUUUUGAUGCCUUAUCCUGACUCUUAUUUCCUGCUUUAGCCCUGUUCUAGUCCAGCACUGGUGCACUAUUCAAAAACUAUGACCUGCUGGCUGUCAGGACUGCUGAUUUUUGUCUUGUGAACUAAUUUUGGACACCACAAAGUUAAUAGUGGUCUUAUUUUUAUAAAUUAAUAUAUGUAAAAUUAUGAUAUAUAGAAAUGUAAUAUCAGAGAUUUUUGUUUUGUGGGUUGUUGCUCACCACUCGGUCCAGCAUGGGAGAGUGCAGCACAUUGAGCGUGUGUGUAGCUGUACAGAAUAGUACUAAGACUGUGCUAUUGAAUGUGGUAUUUGUGUUUAUGAGAAGCACAUGAUGUCCUUUUCUUUCCACAGACUCCAGCAGUUGCUUGAGCCUCUGGGGAAAUUUGGUUGUAACUUUUUCGUUCAGAUUCUGCUUCCUGUUUGUAAUUUAACUGCAUAAAACUGUAUAAUAAUGUUUUAAGACAAUGUAGAUAUUUACCUUUUGCCAGAGAUCUUGUAUAUAACAUGGAGGCUAUUGCAGUAAAGUAAUUUUGGUGUGUGCAUUUUGUUUUAAAUUUGUAAUUAAAAUAUCUCAUAAUUUGUAUUUAUAUUUUACAAAAAGAAGUUGCUUUAAAAUAAACAUUCAAACUGCAUACGA